CUCCCGGGCGAGCUCUGUCCGCGGGGCGGCGGCGGCGGGAUGGAGCCCGCGACCGCGCCCCGGCCCGACAUGGCGCCGGAGCUGACCCCCGAGGAGGAGCAGGCCACCAAGCAGUUUCUUGAAGAGAUUAACAAGUGGACAGUUCAGUACAACGUUUCUCCGCUCUCUUGGAAUGUAGCUGUCAAAUUCCUCAUGGCCAGGAAGUUUGAUGUACUCCGUGCCAUAGAGUUAUUCCACUCCUACAGAGAAACACGAAGGAAGGAAGGCAUUGUGAAGCUGAAACCUCAUGAGGAACCUCUCCGUUCUGAAAUCCUCAGUGGAAAGUUCACAAUCUUAAAUGUUCGAGACCCAACAGGAGCCUCUAUUGCUCUUUUCACUGCCAGGUUGCAUCAUCCCCAUAAGUCAGUCCAACAUGUGGUACUUCAGGCUCUGUUUUACUUGCUAGACAGAGCUGUGGAUAGCUUUGAAACUCAGAGGAAUGGACUGGUGUUUAUCUAUGACAUGGGCGGUUCUAAUUAUGCCAACUUUGAGCUGGAUCUUGGCAAGAAAGUCCUAAACCUACUGAAGGGAGCAUUCCCAGCUCGUUUGAAGAAGGUGCUGAUAGUGGGAGCACCGAUAUGGUUCCGAGUGCCCUACUCCAUCAUCAGCCUCUUACUGAAGGAUAAAGUCCGAGAGAGGAUUCAGAUAUUGAAGACAUCUGAGGUUACCCAGCAUCUACCCAGGGAGUGCCUUCCUGAAAACCUGGGUGGCUACGUCAAAAUUGACCUCGCCAGUUGGAAUUUCCAGUUCCUGCCCCAAGUGAAUGGCCAUCCAGAUCCCUUCGAUGAGAUCAUCCUGUUCUCCCUCCCUCCUGCCUUAGACUGGGACUCAGUACAUGUUCCAGGUCCCCAUGCCAUGACCAUCCAAGAGUUGGUGGACUAUGUUAACACUAGGCAAAAGCGGGGCAUAUACGAGGAGUAUGAAGACAUCCGUCGUGAGAACCCUGUUGGCACUUUCCACUGUUCCAUGUCACCAGGAAACCUAGAGAAGAACCGCUAUGGGGAUGUACCCUGCCUGGACCAAACUAGAGUGAAGCUGACAAAACGAAGUGGCCACACUCAGACAGAUUACAUCAAUGCCAGUUUCAUGGACGGCUACAAGCAGAAGAAUGCUUAUAUUGGUACACAAGGCCCUUUGGAGAAUACCUAUCGUGAUUUCUGGCUAAUGGUAUGGGAGCAGAAAGUCCUAGUGAUUGUUAUGACCACCCGCUUUGAGGAGGGCGGAAGGAGGAAAUGUGGUCAGUACUGGCCACUAGAAAAAGACUCUCGGAUCCGAUUUGGCUUCCUCACAGUGACUAAUCUAGGUGUGGAGAACAUGAACCAUUAUAAGAAAACCAUCCUAGAGAUUCACAACACAGAGGAGCGCCAGAAACGCCAGGUGACCCACUUCCAGUUCCUGAGCUGGCCAGAUUAUGGCGUCCCUUCCUCAGCAGCUUCCCUCAUUGACUUCUUGAGAGUGGUCAGGAAUCAGCAGAGGCUGGCUGUCAGCAGCAUGGGGGCACGCUCCAAAGGGCAAUCCCCUGAGCCACCCAUUGUGGUCCACUGCAGUGCAGGCAUUGGCAGGACAGGUACCUUCUGCUCACUGGACAUCUGCCUGGCACAGCUGGAGGAGCUUGGCACCCUUAAUGUGUUUCAGACAGUGUCCCGAAUGAGGACCCAGAGGGCCUUCAGCAUCCAGACCCCUGAACAGUACUAUUUUUGCUACAAGGCUAUCCUGGAGUUCGCAGAGAGGGAGGGCAUGGUGCCCUCCAGCCACAACCUGCUGGCCGUGGAGGGUCAGUAACUGUCUCACAAGCCUCCUGCCUACUGGCCAACCUUCCUUAAACUACCCUGGACACCGCUGAGCCUAUAGGUUGCCAUCAGUUAUGCUGAAGCCAUGGACCAACCUCUUUCUUGUGUCUCCCGGCGCACGUGUGCACGCAAGGCAACCUCUCCCUUUGGCUAGAUAGAUGUGGUAAAAAUGCCACUAUAAAGGGCCCGCAGCAAUGUGUUCUUAAUUCCUAGCACCUGCUAUUGAACUGUGCCUUAUUAAAACCAAAUUGUGGCUAUCGAUUUUUGCCAGGGGGCUUGAGGUAAGUGGGGAAGGAACCUCCCUCCCCACCUUCCCAAUGCCAUUCUCCUUCUUUAGGUCUUCUCUCUCUCAUUCCUUCCCUUUGCUAGGAUUUGAUGGGGAGAUUUAGUGAGCAGCAUCCUUCUUCCCAAGAAAGCUUGACCAGUUACAUAUUCUAGAGAACAUCCUGAGUGCCAAGCACGUUUAUACCUAGCGUGUGUAUUCCAGUCUUUUCUGUCACUCUGUAUGUGUGCGUUGUGUGUAUGUAUGUGCACUUACGUGUAUGGGUCCAUAUGUACGUGUGUAUAUAAUAUAUAUUGUAUGUGAUAAUAUGGUCGUAUUCUAUAAAUACAUAUACACAC